GGGGGGGGCGGUGCUGGCGCCGCUGUUUCCGGUCUGUGCGGCGAGCUGAGGGAGAACGGAGCCGGAGGGCGCCUGGCGGGUGAAGGUUCAUCUUGAAUCGUCAUGACCAUUCAGCAGUUCCUUGUGUACCUAUCCCUUUGUGCGAUCUGUGUUCUGACCAAACCCACGGACAAGAAGGACCGUGUUCACCAUGACCCACAACUCAGUGACAAAGUCCAUGAUGAUGCACAGAACUUUGAGUAUGACCAUGAUGCUUUCCUUGGUGCAGAUGACGCCAAAACCUUUGACCAGCUGACACCAGAGGAGAGCAAGGAGAGACUUGGAAUGAUUGUAGAUAAAAUAGACACGGAUAAGGAUGGGUUUGUGACGGAGGGGGAGCUGAAAGCCUGGAUUAAGAAGGCCCAGAAGAAGUACGUGUAUGACAAUGUCGAACGCCAGUGGCAGGAGUUUGACAUGAAUCAAGAUGGAUUAAUCUCCUGGGAUGAGUACAGAAACGUGACAUAUGGCACUUACCUGGAUGACCCAGACCCUGAUGAUGGGUUCAACUACAAACAGAUGAUGAUGAGGGAUGAACGGAGGUUCAAAAUGGCUGACAAGGAUGGAGACUUGAUUGCUACCAAGGAAGAAUUCACUGCCUUUCUGCAUCCAGAAGAAUAUGACUACAUGAAAGAUAUAGUAGUACAGGAAACAAUGGAAGAUAUUGACAAGAAUAGAGAUGGUGUCAUUGACUUGGAAGAAUACAUAGGGGAUAUGUACAGUCAUGACGGCGAUGCUGAUGAGCCAGAGUGGGUGAAGACCGAGCGGGAGCAGUUUGUGGAGUUUAGAGAUAAGAAUCGAGAUGGGAAGAUGGACAAGGAGGAGACAAAAGAUUGGAUCCUCCCCUCGGACUAUGACCAUGCUGAGGCAGAAGCGCGGCACCUUGUCUACGAGUCUGAUCAGAACAAGGAUGGGAAACUCACCAAAGAGGAGAUAGUUGACAAGUAUGACUUGUUCGUGGGGAGCCAGGCCACAGACUUCGGAGAAGCCUUAGUACGACACGAUGAGUUUUAAGACAUGUACAGAGAAACCUGUUUCUUAAAAGUAAUUUAUUUUUUACAGUUUCUGGAUUAACAUGAGAAACGUUUUCGCUACUGAGACUAUUAUUUCAGGCUAUAAAGUGAGAAAUCCUGUCCUGUCCUCUUUCCCUUUCCCAAAGGGAUGGGGACAUGGUGUUCUGAAAAGUGACUCUGUAAUGAGAACACUUGUGGUUUUUAGAUUUACACUUUGUUUUAUGUCUAACAAGUUCUGUUUAUUUUUGUAUUUGUUUGGGUUCUGUGUGAAAUGAAGAAUGCAUAUCCUGAAAAGUUAGUUGCAGAGCAAUGUUAGUUCCUUCCCCAGUGCCCCACCUCCCUCUCUCCCCCUUACUGUAUAGACAUAGCGACAGAAUUUUUUACAAGCCAUGGAACAAUAAGGCCAAGCAACAAAGCUAUAUGAUGUUUGUUUAGACUGGGCCAUGUAAAUUCAGCCUGAGGGCCACA